AUGGACGCUAGAGCAAUCCAAAGGAUGAUCCAAGGUGCAACCGGUUCAAAUCAAACACCUGGUGUUGAUCAACCACUAAAUGAUACAUCAGAACAAGUUCAUAUCUCAGCAUUAGCAUUACUCAAGAUGUUAAAACACGGUAGAGCUGGUGUACCAUUAGAAGUCAUGGGAUUGAUGUUAGGAGAGUUUGUAGAUGAUUGGACAGUUAGAGUCGUAGAUGUCUUUGCUAUGCCUCAGAGUGGUACAGGUGUGAGUGUUGAAGCUGUUGAUCCGGUCUUUCAAACUAAAAUGAUGGAUAUGUUGAAUGCUACUGGAAGGCCUGAGAUGGUCGUUGGUUGGUAUCAUUCACAUCCUGGAUUCGGUUGUUGGCUUUCAAGUGUUGAUACUAAUACUCAGCAGUCAUUUGAACAACUUACACCUCGAGCAGUAGCUGUGGUAGUAGAUCCAAUUCAAUCAGUUCGGGGUAAAGUCGUCAUUGAUGCAUUUCGUCUGAUUCCUCCUCAGACUAUUAUGAUGGGUCAAGAACCAAGACAGAGCACUUCAAAUAUCGGACAUCUCAACAAGCCUAGUAUCCAGGCAUUGAUUCAUGGACUCAAUCGACAUUAUUAUUCGAUAGCAAUCAAUUAUCGAAAAACAGAACUAGAACAAGCGAUGUUAUUGAACUUACAUAAGAAAGAUUGGACUGAAGGACUGAGAUUGAAAGAUUUUGAACUUCAUAAACAAUCGAAUGAGAAAACUGUAAAGGAUAUGUUGUCAUUAGCUUCAUCGUAUAAUAAAUCAGUUCAAGAAGAAUCAACACUAACACCAGAACAGCUAAAGACUCGACAUGUUGGAAAACAAGAUCCAAAACGACAUUUAGAAGAAAAAGUGGAAUCUGCAAUGGCUGAUCAAAUUUCACAAGCUUUAGGUACGAUGAUGAUGGCUUUAUCGGCAUGA